GAUACGUUCUGUGAUGCAAGUGCAUGUAUAUAUAAAUACAUUUAUGUCUAUGUUUAUUCCAGACACAUAUACACACACAUGUGUGUGUGUGUGACAAAAGAUGUGUGUAUGGACACACGGAAGGCAGAGCACAGCUCUGGAGCACUCCCAGGGAGUGCCUGUGUGGGGAGCAGGGCUGCGGGUGCCAAUCCCACAGGCAAACAGCUUUGCUGGGCCCUGCACGUGGGCAGGGCUUGAAGCACCGAGGGUUCCUGCACCUCUCUGCCUUUCCCAGGGACAUGCAAGAGGUAAAACUCUUUGUGCUGUGCUGAAAAUUGCUCUCUGUGUGUGCUUCCUCCAGGUGUCCCUGUGUGAGCACCAGGGCCAGGUGCUGACAGUCACUGGCUGGGAGGACUGGGAUGAGUUUGGAAUCUGGACUGUCCUGGACUGUCUGAAGCACUCCCUCUGUGAAUGUCUGCACGCUCCUGGGCUUCCAUCUCUGCCAGUGGCACCUUUCACCUCUGCAUAAAGCUGUUCUUCAGUUUUGCUUUGCAGAGCAAGUUCCUGCAGAAAAGGAAGACUGGAUCUCAUUUCCCCAGAGGCUGUUGAGUCCUGUGUCACCUCGAGAGCCACUGUUAGGUGUCCCCAUGUCCCUUGCCAGGACAUGCCAUCCCUCCUGGUGACUGCUACUUUCUGACUGACUCCUGCCCAGCCUGGACACCUGUGUGCCCCCCUUUGCCAUUCAAAGCUGUCCCUUCAAGCGUGCUGAGAAACAAAUGGGAGCUGGAGGUGCUCUGUCACAGAAACCAAUGCUUGCUGCCAGCCAUGUGCCCAGCUGAGCGGGUCCCAGUGCCCUCUGCCCCCAGGGCCUGUGCCAGUAGCCACUCUGGGAUUUGCUGAGCCGCAGGGUUCAUGUUGAGCGUGCUGUGUUUUAGGGUUUUGAGGAAAAUGCAGAGGCGGCACAGCAGCAACACGGACAGCGUGCCUCCUGAAAGGGCCCCGGCUCUCUCCGAGCUCAAAGCUGUCGUUGGGUGGCUGCAGAAGGGGCUUCCCUUCAUCUUGAUCCUCCUGGCUAAAGUUUGUUUCCAGCACAAGCUUGGAAUUGCUGUGUGCAUUGGCAUGGCCAGCACCUUUGCCUACGCCAACUCCACGCUCCGAGAGCAGGUGGCUCUGAAGGAGAAGAGAUCAGUGCUGGUUGUCUUCUGGAUCCUGGCCUUCCUCACUGGAAACACCUUGUACUUGCUUUACACAUUCAGCUCUCAGCAGCUUUACAACAGCCUAAUAUUCCUGAAACCCAACCUGGACAGGCUGGACUUCUUUGACCUGAUGUGGAUUGUGGGCAUUGCAGACUUUGUGCUGAAGUACCUCACCAUUGCCCUGAAAUGCCUCGUGGUGGCCCUGCCCAAGAUCAUCCUCGCUGUCAAGUCUAAGGGAAAGUUUUAUCUGAUCAUUGAGGAGCUGAGCCAGCUGUUCCGCUCGCUGGUGCCCAUCCAGCUGUGGUACAAAUACAUCAUGGGGGAUGAUCCCUCCAGCAGCUACUUCCUGGGUGGCAUCCUCAUCAUCAUGUACAGCCUCUGCAAGUCUUUUGACAUCUGUGGCCGUGUGGGAAGUGUCAGGAAGGCACUGAAGGUCCUUUGCACCCCCCAGACCUAUGGGGUCCGUGCCACGAGCCAGCAGUGCAGUGAGGCAGGAGACAUCUGUGCCAUCUGCCAGGCAGAGUUCAGGGAACCUCUGAUCCUUCUGUGCCAG